GAUGUCACAACGAGUCAUAAGCAAGUCAAAAGUCAUCAUCAAGUAGACUAAUCGUUAUGUAACUCAUCAUCUUCAGGUCAAAGGUCAUUACAAGGCGUGUCGUGUGGGAGUCACCGGAAGGCCGCUUGCUUCCUCUUCACUUUAGAGGGGUCAUCGCCGCUGGGCGUAGCAGGAGCGACGUUGUGGUUGUGGAAGAUGAAGGACCUGGCCGACGGUCCCUCACAAACCCUGACCAUCACAGAGGUGACGCCUACGACCCACCACGCGACGCCUCAAAGAACGAUCCUGGCCCAUAAGAAUACUACAGUCAGUAGCGACUGGAUGGAGGUCGACUUAAGUGGGGCGAUGGGUCGGUGGGUGGCCAGUGGGAGGCACCAGGUGAUGGUAGAGGUGUCUUGCUCCACCUGUCAGGGAUCCCUCUACUCCAUGUCUCACCUCCCAGAACACCGUUCCUUUAUCGUCGUUACAACACAGCAGCCCCAGGUACGCAAAAGACGUUCGACCCAAGAGUGCCCCUCACUGUGGGGUGGCGGAUGCUGCAGAGCUUCCAUCACCGUCAGUGUGGAGGAGAUGGGUUGGGACGACUGGUGGGUACAGCCUCAGAGCUUUACCUUCUACUAUUGCCAUGGCGCCUGUCAAUCUACCGCCGCCUCAGCCAAUGCUGAAGGGAUAUCUCGCUAUAACAACUUACUCCAGAUGCUGGUGAUGCGGCAGGCACCUGGGUCGUCCCUGCAGGAAUCUCUUGCCCCCUGCUGUGCUCCCACCUCCUACUCCUCCAUGCGAGUCCUCUACCGCCUCAGCGAAGAAAGAGUAGUACAAAGAGACAUCCCCAACCUACUGGUGGAGUCCUGUGGUUGUAAUGAUUAGAAAAUAGCGUAACAAAGUGACAAAGGUGAUAUUAAUAUUAAGACAAAAGAAAGCUUUCCUACGACCUAACAACGUCAUCACUCCUACAGUAAUUACACAUCUGGAGAACUUCCUUCAAGUACUUUAUAAGAAAGAUUAAUUAUAACCAGUGCAGCGAGUGGUCAGUAUCUUCUUGGUGGUGAUCACUGCCUUUAUGAAUGGUCAGUGUCCUUAUGAUGAUGGUCACUAUAGUGAAUGGUGUUGAUUAGUCACUGCCUUUUGGUGAGUCAUCACGGUCCUUGUGGUGGUGAUCGAUGCUACAGUGAGUGGUGUUAAUUAAUUACUUUCACUGUAUCCUGGUGUAGUGCCCACUAGUACAGUCAGUGGCGAUGGGCACGGUCAGUGUACCCUGGUGUAGUACCAACGUAUAUAACACAUGUCGCUUCUCAGUAGUACUGUACUAACCUCUGAGAUAAAAUGUGCCUUGUGAUGUUACACCAAGAUCUCAUUUUCCUUCAGAAAUUCUCGUUUAUAAAGUGACACUCUUUACUGUCUCAGAGAGUCUGUAAUGUAUCCAGUCCCAUUCAGAAAGAUUAGAACCGAUAUGUUAGAUUUUUUUACGUGAUAGAGGUAAGAAAACACUUGAUUUACCCAGAGACUAAAUUGAGUCCAUAUAAUUUGUGCCGAGCAAGAUUAACACACUGCAUGUGGGGUCUCAUAACUCCUUCAUACUGUACCUUACUAAAUAUGUUAAUUUCAAAAAAUUAUGGCUACGUGACACGCCGUUGUCAUUGACAUCAUUUAUAAAUUCUAAAAUGCACUUUAAAUGUGCAUAAUCCUAGAUUUUUAUUUAUCAAUACAUUCAGAACCAUUUAAUGUUUACGAGUCAGAGAUAAAAUUACACUCAGCACUUGUAUUGAAUAUGAGUAUUACACAUCUUCCUUUGGUAGCAAAAACUAUAAACCUUGGUAAGGAUUCGGAGAAGGACACCCAAGGAAAUUAUUAACAAAAUAGGUUUUUAUAGUUUUUCACAGUAUUUCAAUUGCAUUUAACUCUCAUUUCCGUCGGUAAUGAGCCAUUGUGGAGAUGUGAUCCCCUCCCACUACUAACAAUUUUCAUUGCAAAAAAGAGGGCAGAACUUGAAGUACAGUAGAGGGAAACUGUGGCGUAAAAACACGAACAAAACUGACCAAACAUUUCCAAACAUAAUCUAACCUAACCUAACCAAACCAAACCUAACCUUAAUUAUCAGAAACUGGAGGAUAAAGUGAUGCUACAUGUAGGAUGAAGUGUUGAAGUAUGUGGUCUUGUGUUCGGCUUGGAACUUGUACCGAGCGAAAUAUUAUCGGUAAUGUUGUUUUUUAUUGCCGGCACGAAGCACCCAACUCUUUCUUUUUUUUGUGUAUGAACGCCUGUAAAAGGAUCCACAAAGUUUUCACCGUGGUUGACAGUUCUCUGGGAGUAACCAAUGACACCAGGGAUAUUGUACUCCCUCCAAAGGUGUAAUGGUCAGCAUGCUCGCCUCGCAAGCUAGCAAACCCGGGUUCGAUCUCCGGGCAGGGUGAAAUUAU